AUGUCCAGAGCCAACAAAGCUUUAAUCUAUAACAAGGUGCCCACAGGCCUACCUGUUCCAGGGCAAGACCUAGUCGUGAAAGAACGAUCAUUCGAUCUAGAUCGACAGCCUCCAGCUGGAGGAGCAACAGUACGCCAGCUAUAUGUCAGCCUCGACCCCUACAUGCGGGGCCAAAUGCGUGACCCUAGCGUCAAAUCUUACAACCAGCCUUACGCACUUGGAGAGCCUGUCACGGCCUACUGCCUCGUACAAGUGAUCAAGUCGGACCAUCCCAAGUAUCAGGCAGGAGAUCUGGUGUUCAGUCGCUUGGCUGUGGAGGAGUAUACCACUGCGACAAGAGAAGACUUGGAUACGAAUCAGACAUACAAGAUUGAUAACAAGUACAAUCUCCCGCUCUCGAAUUUUGUGGGUAUACUGGGGAUGCCCGGUAUCACUGCCUAUGCCAGCCUGUAUGAAAUCGGUGCCCCUAAAAAGGGUGAGACGAUUUUUGUUUCUUCUGCUGCAGGUGCGGUGGGACAGGUUGUCGGCCAGCUUGCCAAACAGGAGGGCCUUCGAGUGAUUGGUAGCGUUGGAAAUGAUGAAAAACUAAAGUUUAUUACCGAGGAGCUUGGCUUUGAUGGCGGGUUCAAUUACAAGAAGGAGAAGUCAGCCAAUGCGCUGGCAAGGCUAGCGCCAGACGGUGUCGAUAUUUACUAUGAAAAUGUCGGAGGUGAGCAGUUGGAGGCUGCCCUAGAUGCGAUGAACUUCUUUGGAAGAAUUGUUGCUUGCGGCAUGGUAUCUCAAUACAAUCUAGCCCCGGAAGCGAGAUACGGAAUCAAGAAUCUUUUCCAUGUCAUCUCGAAGCGCAUCAAGAUGCAGGGGUUCAUCCAAGGAGAUCCAAACAUGGGACCCAAAUACUCGAAAGAACGAGAUGAGAAGGUAUCAGCGUGGCUGGUAGACGGAAGCAUUAAGACAAGGGAGGAUAUUACUGUCGGAAUCGAGAAUGGCCCUGAAGCAUUCAUCGCCAUGUUGAGUGGGCAAAAUAAGGGCAAAGCAACUCUUAAAAUCGCGGAUCCUGAGUGA